AUGGAGACACCAUCACCGGCCUCGAGCGUGGAUCUGCUCAAGGAAGAACAGGCCAAAGCCCGCCAUCUUGGGAAAUUCAUCAAGGCAUGGGAUCCAAAGCAACAGGGCUUGCAAGACCCAUCGCCCAGAACCGUGAGAGAAUAUGGCAUGAUCAAACACCUCGACGUGCCCAUCCCACUCCGAGAUGGCGUCAUCGUGCGCGGCAACAUCGUGCGCCCCGAGAACAAGAUCGACGCCAGGUUGCCCGUCAUCCUCAACUACUCCGUGUACGGGAAAGACGGUGGCACCGACCUGUCUAUAUUCCCGGCUUCCUCGGGUCUGGACGCCUCACGCCUCUCCCGGGAGUAUCUGUUCGAGGCCGCCGAUCCGGGAUGGUGGUGUCCCAGGUCGUACAUCGUCGCCACCGUCGACGCCAGGGGUUCCUACCAAUCUGAUGGCGAUAAGGGGUACUAUUCUCGUGAUGUAGGGCUGGACGAAUGGUCGAAUGGGAAAGUUGCACUUUGCGGAGCCAGCGGGUUUGCGAUGAACCAGUGGCUUGUUGCACGUGAACAGCCUCCUUCUCUUGCGGCAAUCAUCCUCGUCGAUGGUAUGACAGAUCUGUACCGGGAGAUGGCCUGGAAGGGUGGGAUACCCGAGACUCAGUUCAUCUUGUUGUGGGAAUGGUCAAUGACCGAGGAGUCCUUGCUGCGGCAAAAAGCCUUCCUGGACACAUACCUGUUGGGGCAAAAUACGGAAGUCCAAUUCUGGCCACCCGUACGGUACACCAUGCGCGAGCGUUACUACGUCGGCGAAUGGCGCACGGCCAAAUCUUUUCCCCCACCAGGAACACAGUACACCAAGCUGUUUCCGACUGCCUCCAGAGGUCUUAGUCUUAUUCCGACUCCGACUCCGACUCAGCUCUCGUACGACGCUAGGCACGAGGAGCUGUUCCUAGACCUGCCAUGCUUCAAGCCUCUCGAGUUCGCGGGACAUACUAAGUUGAAGCUUUGGGUAGAAGCAAAGGGAGCCGACGAUAUGGAUAUGUUCAUUACCUUGCGAAAAACAGACGUCGAAGGCAAAGAGGUCUUCUUCCCAUGGAUCACCAUUGUCGACACAGGUCCAAUAGCAUCCGGCUGGCUGCGCGUUUCGCGCCGAGAGCUGGACGAAGGGAAGUCGACACCCUGGCAACCGUACCACAAAAACCAACGUGACCUACCUCCGCCCAGCCCGGCGAGAUUGUGCCCGUCGAGAUCGAGAUUCAGCCGACUUCUUGCCGUCUCCGUCGGGGUGAGCGCCUCCAGCUGGUGA